AUGGUUGUCACCAAGGUGGGACAGUGGUCGAACGUCGAAGAUGAGGUGCUCAAAGCCGCCAUCUCAAAGUAUGGCUUGAACCAGUGGGCCCGCUGUGCCUCUCUUCUCGCAAAGAAAACCGCGAAGCAGUGCAAGGCGCGAUGGAACGAAUGGCUGGACCCAAGCAUAAAGAAGACCGAAUGGUCGCGCGAAGACGAUGAGAAGCUGCUCACAAUGGCUAAGCUGCUCCCUACGCAAUGGCGCACGAUCGCACCCAUUGUCGGAAGAACUGCAACACAAUGUCUUGAACGCUACCAGAAGCUCCUCGACGAACAAGAGUCACGCGAAUCCGGAGACCUAAGCUUGGCUGGGCCAGAAGGUGGAGAGUCAGCUGCUCCCACUGCUGAGGAUGUCCGUCGUCUUCGACCUGGCGAGGUUGAUGCGUAUGCGGAAGCCAGACCAGCUCGCCCCGAUGCGAUCGACAUGGACGAAGAAGACAAGGAGAUGCUUUCGGAGGCGCGUGCGCGCUUGGCUAACGUGAGCGGGAAAAAGGCCAAACGGAAAGCUCGCGAGCGACAAUUGGAGGAGUCGAGGAGAAUCGCAUUACUUCAGAAGAGGCGUGAGCUCAAAGCGAGUGGAAUCAACAUUAAAAUCACACCGAAGAAGGGCAAUCACAUCGAUUAUAACGCUGAUGUGCCACUCGAACGCGAGGUACCGGCAGGCUUCUACGACACGACCGAGGAGCUCGACCAAAAUGAGAAGCAGCGCGAAGCCUUCGAUCCGCGAAAACAACAAUUGGCAAAUAAGCGCAAAGCAGAGCAACUGGAGGAGGGAGGGAACAAGCGCAAGAAGGAAGAGAACAAGUCUGGGGGUCUUGCGGCGUCUUAUGCAAAGGCAGCUCGGGACCAGAGAAUCCGCGAAGCCGAACAGAGCAGCAAGCGCCGCGCUUUGGCACUGCCCUCACCUCAGGUUGGCGACGCUGAAAUGGAGGACAUCAUCAAGAUGGGAAUGACAGGAGAAAGAGCCAUUACGGGAGUCGGCGGCGACAACAUGGCUACAGAAGGCUUGGUGGGCAAUUACUCCGGACUUGUGGGCAACACCCCAAUCCGUACACCCAUGGCGCCCAAGGAAGAGGAUGUCAUCGCCAACGAGGUUCGAAACGCGCGACUGCGAACGGAAACCCAGUCAGCAUUGUUAGGAGGGGAUAACCCAGAUCUCGUGGAAGAUAGCACGCCUGCACUGCCAGGUUCUGCAACGCGACAUCAGACUGUGACCCCGAAUCCGUUGGCAACGCCUUUCCGUCAAGCAAAUGGAGCGGGUGCUACACCUGCACAUCAGGGGCCUGGAGCGACGCCGAUGCGAACCCCUCGCGACAAUUUUAAUUUGAAUCAAGAAGAUGGAAUGCAGCUUGUGGGACAAACGCCGCGGGACAUUCGCUUACGCGAGAAUGCAAAGAAAUCAGACCUUCGAGGCAGACUCUCAGCUUUGCCUAAGCCCAAGGAGACUAGCUGGGAAUUCGAGUUGCCCGAGGAGCGGGAAGACAGUAUGGAGGUCGAGAUGAGCGAAGAGGAUGCUGCUGAGCGUGACCGUCGGAAUAGGGAGGCUCAGGAAGCAGCAGAACGCGCAGAAUUCGCUCGACAGACACAGGUCGUACAGAAGUCCUUGCCGAGACCGUCCACAGUUGACAUUGACGCAUUACUGAAGAGGGCGCUAGAGAUUUCGGAUCCGAUCGAGCGCGACGUGGAGACGGAAAUGGCGCUUCUGAUCGCAAACGACGUGCAGAAGUUUGAUGGAGGUAAAGUGUCUGGAAAAGCAAAACCACUCGAAAAGUUCAGUGACUCGGUUUUGAGGGCAGCCAAGAUGGAGUUUGCCCUAGAGCUCUCGAUGAACAGCGAAAAGGACAAGAAGAUGUUCCACGAAGAGUUCGGCACGGCGUGGACGAAUCUGCACGGAGCCUCUACGCUACCAGGCCUUGAUGGGUACGAAGAAGACGAAAUCGACGAGCACCAGAUGAUGGUCGAAACCUUCAACAACGCCCAGGACAAGAUCAUCGAGACGGCCCAACAGGCGAACAAGAUCGAGAAGAGACUCUCAACGCAUCAUGGCGGUUACAUGAAGCGGUCUGCCUUGCUCGGAGACAAGAUCAAACAGGCAUCACGAGCAUUGGAGAAGGCGAAGAUGGAGCUGGACUCGGUUAGGACUAUGCAAUAUUCAGAGCAGUCCGCGGUGGCUAGGCGACUGGAAGGGCUGCGCGACGAGGUGUCGUUCGUCAGCAAGCGUGAACGCGAGACACAGGAAUUGUACAGGACGCGGAGAGACGAGCUGGAGGGCCUGCAAGCAUCUGUCAACGGAGUGCACUAG